AUGACACCUGUGAGCUCUGUGCCUGUGCCACUGCUCACACCCACAAUGACACCUGUGAGCUCUGUGCCUGUGCCACUGCUCACACCCACAAUGACACCUGUGAGCUCUGUGCCUGUGCCACUGCUCACACCCACAAUGACACCUGUGAGCUCUGUGCCUGUGCCACUGCUCACACCCACAAUGACACCUGUGAGCUCUGUGCUUGUGCCACUGCUCAGACCCACAAUGACACCUGUGAGCUCUGUGCCUGUGCCACUGCUCACACCCACAAUGACACCUGUGAGCUCUGUGCCUGUGCCACUGCUCACACCCACAAUGACACCUGUGAGCUCUGCCUGUGCCACUGCUCAGACCCACAAUGACACCUGUGAGCUCUGUGCCUAUGCCACUGCUCACACCCACAAUGACACCUGUGAGCUCUGUGCCUGUGACACUGCUCACACCCACAAUGACACCUGUGAGCUCUGUGCCUGUGCCACUCCUGGGACCCACAAUGACACCUGUGAGCUCUGUGCCUGUGACACUGCUCACACCCACAAUGACACCUGUGAGCUCUGUGCCUGUGCCACUCCUGGGACCCACAAUGACACCUGUGAGCUCUGUGCUUGUGCCACUGCUCAGACCCACAAUGACACCUGUGAGCUCUGUGCUUGUGCCACUGCUCAGACCCACAAUGACACCUGUGAGCUCUGUGCCUGUGCCACUCCUGGGACCCACAAUGACACCUGUGAGCUCUGUGCUUGUGCCACUGCUCAGACCCACAAUGACACCUGUGAGCUCUGUGCUUGUGCCACUGCUCAGACCCACAAUGACACCUGUGAGCUCUGUGCUUGUGCCACUGCUCAGACCCACAAUGACACCUGUGAGCUCUGUGCUUGUGCCACUGCUCAGACCCACAAUGACACCUGUGAGCUCUGCCUGUGCCACUGCUCAGACCCACAAUGA